AUGUUUAAUAAAUAUCAGUCAUCUUGGUCUCUAUUUGAUAGGGCAGAUGGAGGUUGUCGCCACAUAGCUGCAGCACUGUUUGAUCUGGAAGCAAGCGUACGAUUCAAUGAUCUCCAGUCAUGUACAUCAAGACAAUGCAUGUGGAAAAAGAAAGGAAAGAGAAAUGAGGGAAGUUUGCCUAUUCAGGAGCUACAAACAAAUAGUGGUGGCUAUGGUGUGACAGUAAAAGACUCUGCAAAGCCAAGAGAUUUUAAUCCACUUUGUAUUCCUUAUGACCCAGCUGAAUUAGAACAACAGUUCAAAGCUGGGUUGCUGGAAACAUUCCCAGGUUCUUCAGCUCUCCCUUUCUUACAUUCAGCUGAAGAACCAGGGCAAACAGAGGAAGAAAUCAGGGCUUUGAUAAGUGAUGAUUUAAAUGUCAGUAAACAAGAAAGUGUUCAAAGUGUUGAUGUUUAUUCAAUGAGUGAUUACGCUAAAGUGUUUGUUUCUGUUAAUAUUGAAAAAGUGACACCUACAGUCUCUACAGAACUUGCAACUGAGUUCCUUGAGUCUAUUUCAUUUAAUGAAGAGCAAGCAGAAAUGAUCAACAAAAAGACUGUCAAUCAAUCCCAGUCCCAAUUUUGGUUUGAUCAAAGGGCAGGAAGAAUUACAGCUUCCUCAUUUUACACCGUGUGCCACCUCAGAGAGAGCACAGACAAGAGAAACACUGUGAAGCAUCUUAUGAAUUACUGUCCAAUUGCCGAAGAUGCAAUGCCAAAACAGUUAACAUGGGGUCAUGAAAAGCAAAAGAAAGCACUUGAUCUCUACAUUAAAAAACAAAAGAGAAACCAUGAGAAGUUGUCAAUAAAAAACAGUGGACUAAUAGUAAACACACUAUGGCCCUGCUUGGGAGCCAGUCCUGAUGGUGUCAGGAUUUGUGAGUGCUGUCAGAAGAAGUUAAUUGAAAUUAAGAGCAUGUAUGCAAAAAGAAAUCUCCCUCCACAGGUUGCAGCUGAGGAGAAGCUCGUGUUUGUUGGUGACAAAUAUAUACUAAAAAAAGGAAAAAAAAUGGAACUAUCAAAUUCAGGGUCUGAUGGGAAUAACAGGGAUUCAUUGCUGUGA